GGACAGGAAGUUUGAACUUUGGUGCGGAAAGAGAAAGGGAGAAGACAUCGCAGGAUAUGAGUAAAAACAGAGGUUAGAAUAGCUACACCUCCCCCAUGAGGAAGACACAGUUCUGUGCCCUUGUGAUUGUAACCUUCAUCAUCCUCGGCUACCAGUUCCACAGAUCUGAGAUCCAGAUAACCAACUCCAGAGGUCUCAAGAGGCAAGUAGAAAACAUUACAGUUGCUACAACUCUUGGAUCUGUUAUGAACCAUUCAACAACCAAAGAUGGCGGGAACACAAUUGGACCAGUGAAAGGUGACACCCCGAGCUGUAAUAGGAUGGAGUGGACCAAAAAGGAUGAAGAAGUAAAAAGCAUCAUCGCAAAACUGGACCAGAUGAUGCCCAACGUCACUUUCACAGAUAUAAUGACCACCACAAGUGCCCAGAAGAGUGAGGCCACCUUAUUAAACUACAAGGGUUUUUAUUGUGUUGGAGACCCCUUGCUGGUUCAACUGGAUUUGUACAACCACUUGGGAAAGAGAAAAGAAUACGGAGGAGACUUCUUACAAGCGAGGAUCAUCUCUUCCAGUCUUAAUGCUGGAGCUUCUGGGAGCAUCACAGACUACAGGAAUGGGACAUACCUGGUCAAUUUCACUUUAUUCUGGCCUGGCAAUGUUAAAGUAUCCCUUAUGCUCAUCCACCCCAGCGAAGGAGUUUCAGCACUGUGGGCUGCGAGGAAGAAGGGCUACGGCAAAAUAGCUUUUGUAGGCAUAUUUUUAAAUGGAACAUCAACUGUCUCCAGUGACUGUGGUUAUAAUAUAAGAGUAAAAGAGCGGUGUGAGUAUCUUGAUGAGCGAGACCAAGAGGCCUUCUACUGUGUGAAGCCAAACAAUGUGCCAUGGUGGCAUAACAACCCUAAUAGAAUUUUGCCAGUGAUAGCAUUCAAGCGACUUGACCAUGAAUCGGAAUGA